AUGAUCGUGCCGCCGCUCGCCGAUACAACACACCUCCUCGAGCUCCCGCUCGACGCCGGCUCAGGGAUCAUCGUCGCGUCACGUUUGGCCUCGUGCAUCUUGGCCGUCGCAUCGCCGCUCCUCAGCCUGGUCUCGUCCAACAUCAGGAUAACACCAGACGCGCCGUCGUCAAUCAUUGGCCGUUGCGCCGGAUGCAUCGCUGUAAUGUGUGGACCGAGAGGCCGAGGUGUUUCAAGGUCGUGGUCACCAGCACCAUCGGAUUGUUGCUUCUGGCGGUUGCUGUGCUGCUGUGCCGGUUCUUGUACGGAUGUGUGCGGGAUAAAGCGAGACGUGACGGGCGAGGUUCCGGGGCCGGCGGAUGUUGGAAUGGAGGCAGAGUGCGGAAAGUACGGGGCAGAUUUGACGGAUAAGCAGGAUCGUAGGUUCAGCUAUAGCUGGUAA